AUGUACAAAGAUUAUGAGCAUGUUACGUCAUCAAAACCGGCAACGAUUAUUGAAGCUAUAGACCUGAGCGUGUCUCUGACUGAGGAAGCUAUCCGGUUAAACAAGUUUUCAGUUUCUGAUCUGAAGAAGAAAGAAACACAUGUGGAAUCCUCAGGAGAAAACAAAAGGAAGUUUUCCAAUUUUAAAAAGGGUACCAGCAGCGCCAGCAGGAAGAAGGAGGUGAAACCACCAGUUGAAGCUAAAACUGGUGCUGAAGUAAAAGGGAAGGGAUACAUGGGCGCUCUGCCCAAAUGUGAGAUAUGUCAGUAUCAUCACUCUGGCCAGUGCAGGUUAAGGAAAUGUGAGUCAUGUGGGAAGACUGGCCACUCAAAAGAAACAUGCUGGGCUGGUACUGGUGUUGGUCGUGGUAAUCAAAGAGGUUAUGGAAGUGGGAAUGGAAACCGCCAACAGGGAGGAAAUGGCGGGAAUGGAAAUCGAGGAAACCAUGGUAAUCAAGCUGGGAUUAGGAAUCGCAACCAAAGCAAUGCUCAAGGUGGUAAUGGGAAUGGUCGAGGACCAGAGUGUUUCAAUUGUGGAGACGUGGGGCACUUCAAGCGUGAGUGCCCAAAGCUUAAUCAGAUCCCACAAAGAUCGAUGCGAUCAAGAACUGGGAAACUCUGA